AUGGAUGAUGCUCAAUGCAAGUAUGCAACCACAGAGAAGGAGCUCCUUGCCAUAGUCUUUGCCUUUGAGAAGUUUCGAAGCUAUAUAGUUGGGUCCAAGGGAGUAGAGAAUGGAGUUGCUGAUCAUCUCUCUAGGAUGCGAGUUGAAGACAUGAUCCCCAUCAAUGAUUCUAUGCCUGAAGAACAGCUUAUGGCAAUCAUGAUCUUGAAGGAGAGUUUUGAUGAGAAAGCCAGGCUGGAAGAAGUUAAGGCUCUGCGUGAUGAGAAUUUGCCAUGGCAUUACUAUUGGGAUGAGCCCUACCUGUACAAGAGAGGACCAGACAGCAUUUACAGGAGAUGCAUAGCUGAAGAGGAUGUGCAAGGAGUUCUAGAGCAUUGCCAUGGGUCAGUUUAUGGAGGUCACUUUGCUACAUUCAAAACAGCAACUAAGGUUUUGCAAUCGGGUUUAUGGUGGCCUACUUUGUUUAAGGAUGCAGCAGACUACAUUGCCAAGUGUGAUCCAUGCCAAAGGAAAGGAGGGAUCACCAAGAGGGACGAGAUGCCACUAAACCCAAUUCUACCUGUACAAGAGAGGACCAGACAGCAUUUACAGGAGAGAGGACCAGACAACAUUUACAGGAGGUGCAUUGCUGAAGAGGAUGUGCAAGGAGUUCUAGAGCAUUGCCAUGGGUCAGUUUAUGGAGGUCACUUUGCUACAUUCAAAACAGCAACUAAGGUUUUGCAAUCGGGUUUAUGGUGGCCUACUUUGUUUAAGGAUGCAGCAGACUACAUUGCCAAGUGUGAUCCGUGCCAAAGGAAAGGAGGGAUCACCAAGACGGACGAGAUGCCACUAAACCCAAUUCUACCUGUACAAGAUUAA